AUGACUAGCGACCAAGCGCUUCUGCGCUGGCUCGCAGCGAGCGGCGUAGAACUGCACUAUAGUCUCUAUCUGGAGCAAGAUCCAUCGACGGGCCUCUCGUUCUACACGGCCGAGCCGCUUGCGCGCGAUACGACGGUGAUCCGAGUUCCAAAGGGUCUCUGCAUCACUUCUGUCACUGCUCGCGAGAGAAUCGAGGCUCUUCUUGCAGCGUUCGGCAUUUCCGACAGCGGCCUCGAAGCGUCAUCCCUCCCGGCCCCCGACUGGAUCUUGCUGUACAUUGCGACGUGCCGACUGGCAACCGAGUAUCUCUCGACAGCAUCUGAGCCGUCGGAAGUCUUGGCGGCGGCGCUGCCGCAUCUGCCCUACGUGGAUCACAUCCCCAAGAUCAUCGAGACGCCGCUGCACUUCUCUCCAGCCGAGUUGACGCUGCUCUCGGCAACGCCGCUCGUCGGAUCGACCGAAAGGCGUCUGCGCGAAACCAUCGUCGACUACGAGAGAGCACGUUCCCUUCUCGAAGAUCCUCUGCAGCAGGCAUUGCAUCAACCCUUUGCGGCUUUUCUGGCGACCAAGCUUGGCAGCAUCCCGAAAGAUCAGCUCGAUGCGGACGCGCUGAUGGCCAAGACGUAUCACAAAGGGCUGGAGCUGUGGCGCUGGGCCGAGUCAGCGUUCACUUCGCGUUCCUUUCCCGCCCGACUUGUCGGCCUUUCCGAUGGACUAUCAGAGGCAUCGAGCGGCGCAUCCCCGUUGGCCAAGUCAGCACCCAUCCUCAUCCCGGCCUACGAUACCUUCAACCACGCGCGCGCACAUCCCGUCACAUGGACCUUCUCCUCCGCAUCCCAGGUCGACUCGAGAGACAUGGUGUGCAUGACGAUCAACUAUGCGGUGGAUUCAGCGCCAGCUCAGGUGUACAACAACUACGGCGGGAAAUCGAACGAGGAACUGCUUGCAGGGUACGGCUUUACGCUCGACACGAUCACCGAGGACACACUUGCACUCAAGAUCGGGUCGGACGAUCCGAACGCCGAGGCAAAGACGCACUACUGGGCUGUACCUUCCGCCAGCACCAAAAGUGAGAACGACGACUCGACAUCGACAUCGACAAGCAGAUCAGAGCUAUUCACGCGGGCGUUGUGUCCAUGUCCUUCGCUACUGGCCGAGAUCGAGACGCGCGUGCUGCGAGGCGAAGCAGCCCCUACUUCGGAUGAGGACCGAUUGGAUCUGUACGGCAGCGUGCUCGAGACGCUCGAGGCACUACUGCUGUCCAAGCGCAAGGCCUUCCGCGCGAGCCAGAAGCAGAUCGAGGCUCUGCAAAGCACGUUUCCACUGCAGACUGCCAACUGCGAAUCACCGGGCUGGCACAGGUCUUCAGCAGCGGCCGAUCCAAGCCAGCCAUCCUCCUUGCGCCCUUCCGUUUGGCACAACGCCAUGCAGUACCGCGCCGGCCAGCUUCACCUGCUCAACCAUGCCGUCGAAUGGACACGCACCGAGCUCGCAAGAGUCGCCGACGCGCUCGACGAUCUCGAGUAA